AUGGAUCCCCAUCAGCCCCCUUGACCCCAUUCUUUGUCUACUACUGGAAGUUUGCAUGAGUCAACAGUCUGCAUAGAAACUCUCCUUGGCAACUUAAAUACUCAUAUAAUGGAUGAGUUCUGUAUUAAAUUUAAGAACGAUUUUUGAGUGGAGUCUUUAGUCCAAAGUUUAAACCUUAUGCUAACUCCCAUCAUAUGUAAUUCAAGCAGAGUAGAUGAGGAGAUACUCAGAGAAGAAAGCGAGGAGCCUAAAGGAUCUGUCAUCGAUAGCUAUCGAUCUUUAACAGUGCCAAUCCUAAAAUAUGUGAAACCUCCAAGCAAGGAAAGCCUUAUAUACCGUUCAGCUGUCAGAUCACCUCGUAGGUCAUCGAAGCGGUCUUCAAGACGGACAUCCAAAUUAUAUCUAAGCCCAGAGAAUGCUCGCAGAAUAAAGGAGGAGUCUUUCAUGACCCAAAAAGCUUUAAAAUAACAGUAUGGUCAAGCUCGCUGAUUGUUCUGAGAGGGAAAUUCCUCUAGACGAGGAAAUCCUGAGGAGGAAGAAGCGUGAUCGAGAGAAAAUGCUCCAGGCUCAGAAGAAGGAGGAAGAGGAGAGAAAGCAGCAUGAAGAGAUGAUACAGAAGGAGAAUUUGAGACGAAUGAGUCUCAAGACUAGAAACUACGCUGAUAAGAACAUCACUUAUGAUCACAGAGGCAAGCUCUUGCUUGUUCAUAAGGUCAAGCAAGGGUCACUUCCAAGCAUUAUUAACAUACAGACCAAAGUCAAGAGGAAGAUAAAGCUAGCUAGGCAGAGAAAUCGGCCUGAAGAUAGCUACAAGGAAGGCAUGAGUGACAGAGAUGGUACCUCUACUACUUCAUUAUUCCCACAAGCUAUCUCUCCCCACGAACCAUUAAUUCCUAGUCUUAAAUAAAUCUACUGGUACUGUAGACAUCCUUGACGAAGAAACUGGAGCUCUUCAAAGCAACGAGUCAAAGCUAAAACUGGAGCCAGGAGUAUCACUUAGCAGGAAUGGUAAACGGAUUAGCGGUCCAAAACUGGCUAAAAAGAAAGGUGCGAGGUUCAAAUUAGAUGUUACAAACACCUUUAUCCCUAAAGACAAAGACUUAUUAUCUAAACUUGCUCAAUCAAGGAUCAAAAAGCUUCGAGAGUCAUCUGAGGUGAAAUAAAUCUGACAAGGACGACCUUACUACAGAUAAUUUUUACCAAGAGAAUACAUCAGAAGAACGAGAAUUUAUCUUGAUUAAAAACUCCAUUAAUCUGAAGCCAACCACUAGCUCAAGGAACAGAGAUAAGAUCAAGCCAGAUUUCUCGUCUAUGAGCUAUGAAAAGAUGAAACUUCUGGUAGAUGGGCACCAGACUUCACGGAAUGUCGAACCUGAUCAUUGAAGUUAUGUAUCUAAUGUGACGAAUCCUCAAUCGAGGAUAAAGUCUGCAAGCAAAAAGUUUAGAAACCAAGUAGCUCAAAGGUUCAAUAAGAUUGUUAAAGGGAAAGUUUAUAAAUAUGGAGAGCCAUACAGCUCCUUAUCUUCAAAUAGUUUCAAGUUUUCUGACAAGUUUUCCAUAAGAAAUAGGAAUUACUCCAGAGAAUCUAGUAGGAAUAAGCCUGCUAAGAGACCAGCAACUACUAAGGGCAACAAAAGAUAUUUCUCAAGGAAGAAUAAGCUGAAUCUGAAUGACUCAACUUCUAUUGAAAGACAAUCAUUUGUUAAAAGUCCAGGGUCAAAAAGGUCGACCAGACAUGGUAUUUUCCCUAAAAAGUCAACAAGGGAGUCUAAAAAUAUGAGUAGGCCGUCUUUUGGCUACUAGGAACUCUCGGAUCUCUCGUUUGACCCAAAAAUUUGCUCUAAAAAUC